UGUCUCUGUUCAAAAGACGUACACAACUUUUCCACUAAAAAGCUUCAAUCCUUUGAUUUUCAAACGCAUAAAUUGUAUAGUUUGGUCUGUUCAUAGUUAAUGACAUGUUGUGUCUCACAAUCGUCCAACCUCGGUCAUGAGAAAUAAAUUUUCAUUUUUCUCAUUCAAUUUAUGGUUAAUGGCUAUGGUAUGGCUUUAAUUUAGAGACGCAGGGAAACGUAAUUUCAUUAUGGCUUUGACCGCUCUAAAACCAUCAAACUUUCAUGCGCAAAGGGUUUGUUUAUUAGCUAUUUUAUUUAUCUCAUGUCUCUUCAAUGUGGUUGUUUCGAUAUCAAUCCUCGCUGAACGAUUGUUACUUAAAUAUGGCAUCGUUCCUGAUGUCAUUGACGCAGCACCUAAUUUUACCAUAGACGUGUCUCAUCACAACAGAACGCUCAGAAUGGGUGAAAAAAUAGACCCGGCAGAAAUGCAACGAGUGCCAAAAUUAAGGUGGACGGCAAGGGCUGGCACACUGUUCACAUUGUUGAUGAUUGAUCCUGAUGUUCCUCUUCGUAAAAAUCCAACCCUGGCAGAAAGACAGCACUACAUCGUGGGAAAUAUUAAAGGAUGUGAUUUUCGUCACGGUCAGGAAAUGACCGGCUACAUUGGUCCAUUUUCGGCCAAACAUUCUGGUCUGCAUAGAACUACAUUUUUGGUCUACUCACAAAAUUCUCAUGUACAAUUUGAUGAACCACGAUAUCCCUCAGCACGAGACGGAUCGUUCAAGCAGAGGUACAAGUUCUCGGCUCGCAAGUUUGCCGAGAAAUAUAACCUAACUCUCUUUGCUGUAAAUUUUUUCAUGACGGGAUGGCCUUUGUACCAAAUUACUCGGAGACCGACUGCACCUAAAUAUAAUCCGUUUCGGGAACAUUUCGCACCAUCACCCAUGGAGAUGUAAACGGCGCUUGAAACCGAAUCUACAACCAUCAAAGACAUUACUUAUG